AUGAAAACAUCCGAAAGAAACAGGAAGACAAAUCCAUCUUCACAAUCAACAGCAACGAUUGCCGGUACUGGAACAAGUGCUGCAUCAUCUAGCACUAGCACAACAUCAUCAACACCAACAACAACUUGUACAGCUGUCGCACAGCUCAUCACAGGUUCUAUCGACGAUGCCGAUUGCCCGCCUGGAACGUUGUCACGUCUAAAUCAGUCAAAAUAUGCAACACAACCACCACUUCCUCGGCGUCAUGUUGUUGAGUCUCAUGAUUAG